AUGUCUUGGGUAUUAAUUGAAGCAAUUUUGAAUGAUCUCCUGAAGUAUACUGUAAUAGUAACGAUUCGACGACAUAGAUUAUCUUGUCGGACGUUCCCACCGUACUUUCAGUUUGUGAUUGCCAAACGAUUUCUUCAGGUGACAUCGAAGAACACUGAGAAAAAGAUAUUGAUGAAUGCCAGAAUCAGCUGUGUCAAGGAAAUUGUACCAGCACAAUUGGUAGUUACUACUGCCGGUGUCCAGCUGAUACUUCAAAAUCGUCGAUGUCUUUACCUUGCUAUCAGUUUAAGAAAAUAUUGUCGUCGGCAAAGAUGUAUCUCUAGAUUUGACAGUGAAUUAGACAAUUCCACCCAUAAUUUGUGCUAUCGUUUAGUUUGCCUGAUGGAGCAUCUUUUAAUGAAAAUAGUUACUUAUGAUACAGCCUUAUCGUUUAGUUCGUCUGAUGGAGCAUCUUUCAAUGGAAAUAGUUACUUACGUUAUUAUAUCAAUGCAUUAAAAGAAUACUUAAACAAUAAGGUAGAAAGAUUUGCAGUCUUAGCAUUUAAUAUGCAAACAUAUUCAAAAGUCUGCAAUUGCUAUAGUAAAGGGAGAACCAUUCACAUGCUACGUGUCUAUCAGUGA